UCUCUUCUCUCUCUCUCUGCGACUGUGUUGAAGGCAAUGGCUUCCAAGUCUUCGAAAUUUCUAGAGCGAUUUGGUUACGAUGUGGUACUGGGAUCAAUAGCUGCGUUUUACGUCUUCAUGGCGCCCUACACUAAGGUUGAAGAAAGCUUCAACGUUCAGGCAAUGCAUGAUAUUCUAUAUCAUCGACAAAACUUGGACAAUUAUGAUCAUUUGGAGUUCCCCGGAGUUGUUCCUCGCACGUUCAUCGGUGCUUUGCUUGUAUCAAGUUUGGCAUCGCCUGCUGUUCUAGCAAUGAAUUUGCUGCACAUGCCAAAGAUUUAUGGUCUUCUUACAGUUCGUUUGACAUUAGGUUGCAUCAUAUUAUCUACAUUACGCUUCUUUCGUCUUCAGGUUAGAGAAAAAUUUGGACGUCAAGUAGAAGCUUUCUUUGUAAUACUGACUGCAGCUCAGUUCCACCUUCUGUUCUAUUGUACCCGUCCACUUCCAAAUAUACUAGCUCUAGGUGCAGUCAACUUGGCAUAUGGAUAUUGGUUAAAGGAGAAGUGUUAUGCAGCUUUAAACUGUCUGAUCUUCGCUACAGUUAUCCUAAGAUGUGAUAUUUUGUUACUUCUCUGUCCUGUUGGCUUGGAGCUUUUGUUGACUAGAUCAAUUUCAUUAUGGAAGGCAUUGAAGUGCUGCACUUUGUGUGCUCUAUUAUGCAUAGGUCUCACUGUAUUUGUAGAUUCAAUAAUGUGGAAAAGAUUACUUUGGCCUGAAUUUGAAGUUUUCUGGUUCAACUCUGUUCUGAAUCGUAGUUCAGAGUGGGGCACACAUCCAUUUUACUGGUACUUCACUUCAGCACUUCCCCGCUCAUUGCUUGCUGCAUACCCUCUUUUCCUGCUAGGGAUCUUACUUGACAGAAGAGUUUUGCCAUUCGUUAUUCCAGUCUUGUCAUUUGUUUUACUAUACUCUAAGCUUCCCCAUAAGGAGCUCCGCUUCAUCAUUAAUUCAAUUCCAAUCUUCAAUUUAUCUGCCGCAAUUGCAGCUACUAGAAUCUAUAACAAUAGAAAAAAGACAUUCUGGAACUUUCUUUAUUUAAUUAUGCUCGGAUUACUGUUGAUCAGUCUAGGGUGCACGGCCAUAACUUUUAUGGCGUCCAAUGAGAAUUAUCCGAGUGGUCAUGCUUUAAAACAUUUGCAUAAGAUUGGUCAUCUUGGGAACAGAACAAAUGAAAUUUUGGUUCAUAUUGAUACCUUUUCAGCCAUGAAUGGAAUAUCCCGCUUUUGUGAACAUGAUUUUCCGUGGAGGUAUUCUAAAGAGGAAGAGAUUCGGGUGGAAGAAUUAUGCCAGAGAGAUUUCAACUACCUUAUCAAUGAGCAUCCUGCAAUCAAUGGAUUCAAGUGUCUAUCCAGUAUAAAUGGGUUCUCACGUGUUCGUCUUCAAAUUGGCUUCCCACCAAUUUUACUGGUUAAAGAGCCCAAAGUAUAUAUUCAUGGAAAUAUAAAACACAGUGAUGUCCUCAACGGAAUUUGGCCAGGCUGCUCCUGACUUUUAUGAGGUGAGAAAGAAAAGUGUUCUGACAGAUUUUCUUUUUCCUUUCUGUAAGAUACUUUGACGACCAUCAAGCAAACCAGAUGACAACAAUCCCCUUAUUAGAAUGAAUGCAUUUCUUAAAAUGCUUCGGGUCUAUGUUACAAAUGCUCAUUGAUUUGACUUGCUAAAUUCUGUUGCUGAUAAGUAGUUUAGCCAUUUACCUAGUGUAGAAUAUAUUUUUAUGUUCCUGAUCUGGCAACGUUUAAAUUUAACAAUCUGUUGUUUUUUGGAUACACCGCCUUUGAAUCCCAGCAUUGUGAGAGUUUUAGUUUUUGUACAAAGAUGGAGAGGAAGGUUUAACCUCUAGCCAUGAGCGCACUUUGGCCACAAUGAUAUCGGCACUUACUCCCCUCUCUCUUUUAUUUAUUUUAUUUUUUUAUUUUUUUAUUAUUUUUUCUUUCUGACUCCAUAUUCAUACAACUAGGAGCAAGUGCACCUAUAUUUUGUUUUCAA